AUGGCCAGCAAGCAGGACUGCAAGGUGUUCGUGGGCGGCCUCAGCUGGGAGACCACCGACCAGAAGCUGCGCCUGUACUUCGAGAACUGGGGCAACGUGACCGAGGCCUUUGUGAGCUACGACCGCAACACGGGCCGCCCGCGGGGCUUCGGCUUCGUGGUGUUCGAAGACCCGGGCGUGGCGGACAAGGUGGUGGUGCAGCAGCACACCAUUGACAGGCGGGAGGUGGAGGCCAAGAAGGCCGUGCCGAAGGAGGAGCACCAGGCGAAGAAGAGCACCGGCGAGGUUGGGUCCCAGCGGUCCAAGAAGAUCUUCGUGGGCGGCCUGGCGCCCAGCGUGGACGAGAAGGCCUUCCGCGAGUACUUCGACCAGUACGGGCCCGUGAAGGACGCGGUGGUGAUGUACGACCACGAGAACAAGCGCCCGCGCGGCUUUGGCUUCGUGACCUUCGUGGACGAGGACGCCGUGGCCAAGGUGUUCACGAACGGCGUGAUGCAGACGCUGCACGACAAGAAGAUCGAGAUCAAGCACGCGGUGCCGCGGGACCAGAUGGCGGCGCAGCGGGGAGCGGCGGGAGGCGCCUUCGGGGCGCGGGGGCUGGGCGGCGGGCGCGGCGGCGCGGGGGCGUACUACCACGGCCCGCAGUUCGGCCUGGCCAACCCGGCGGGCUACGGCCCGCGCGGGAGCUUCGCCAAGUUCAGCCCCGGCGGACGUGGCGGGCUGCUGGGGGGCGUUGCCGCGCCCGGGGGGGGCCUAGGGGGCGCCUACCGCGGCAUGGGCGCCACCUCGCGCGGGGUGGGCGCCGGCAUGGGGCUGAACAUCGGUGGCGCGAUGGGUCGGGGGAUGGGCCAGCCCAUGGCGGGGUCCAACAUGGGCGGCCUGAACAACAUGCAGACCAGCUUCGCGUCCUCCCUGCCCGCCUACGGCUCCAACCUGGGCUACGGGGGGAUGAACAGUGCCGUUCUGAGCUUCCCCACCAACGGCAGUGCGAUCGGCGGCGCGGGCGGCGCGGGCGGCUUUCCGUCCAUGAACGGCUACGGCGGGGGCGGCCUGGCGGGCGCACCCGGCGCGGGCGGCAUGGCCGGGCCCGGGGGACCUCAGGACGUCGCCGCCGGCGGGAUCAACAAGGCCUUCGGCGGCCUGGCCGGCCCGCAGGGCGCUGAUCCCGGCGGCUACGCCCAGUUCUCGCCCACGGUGGCCGGCAUGCAGGGCGGCUCCAGCGCCGGCCUGGUGGUGAGCCACGAGACCGAGCUGGACGCACGGACGCUGUCCCUGGGCAGCAACGCCGCCUCCGCGAACUCCUACAAGAUGCUGGACGACGGCCACCCCUUCUCCGAGGGCCCCGCGCCCGGCUGGUCCAAUUGA